AUGCCCCUUCCUGCAACCCAAAAACCAAUUCUCAUCAUCGGUGCCGGAAUCUCCGGCCUACUCUUAGCCCAACACCUCCGCAAGCUCGGCGGCCCCGACAAAAUUCCGUUCCGCAUCUUCGAGCGCGACGCCGACCUCACGACGCGGGGCCUCGGCUGGGGCCUGACGCUGCAUUGGUCCUUGCCCGCUCUCCGCGCUCUACUCCCCGAGGAGCUGCUCGCACGCCUGCCCGAGGCGUAUGUCGAUCAGAAGGCUGUCGAGGAGGGGAGGGCGUCACGGUUCCCCUUUUUUGAUCUCAGCACGGGAGAGUUGAAGGCUUCGACACCGGAUUUGCCUGAGUCUGCGAGAAUCAGGGUGACGAGGGAUCGGUUUAGACGGUUGUUGGCUACGGGAUUGGAGAUUGAGUGGGGUAAAGCCCUCAUAUCCUUCCAAACCCUUGAAGAUGGCUCUGUCCAAGUCCAAUUUAACGAUGGCACAACCGUCGAAGGCCGUCUCCUUGUGGCCUGCGAUGGAGGCAGCUCGCGCGUCCGCAACGCUCUCUUCCCCGGUGUGCCUAAGUACCAAGUCCCUGUGCGGAUGAUGGGCGUGCGGAUCGACUGCGACCCGGAAGAGAUUGAUCCUAUACGCAAGCUGGACGCAUUUUUCUUGCAGGGUGCAGCGUCGCAGAAUGAUUCUUUUGUCUACUGCAGCAUCCUCGACGCACCCGGCAAUAUCAACAACACCACUGGGAAAUACACUUGCCAAAUUUGCGUCUCCUGGCCCAUCAGGCCAGGAUUCUUUGGCUCGUCCGAGCCAAUCGACUUUCCGACGACCUCCCGUGAAGGCGUGGCGCUGAUCAAGAAGUUUGCGAACACUUGGGCCGAGCCGUUUCGGAGUUUGGCACAACGAAUCCCGGAUGAGACCGAGGUCAAGUGCCUGCAGCUGGCGGAUUGGCCGCCGCCGAGGGGGCUGCGGACACAGGGGAGUGUGGCGUUGGUGGGGGAUGCGAUGCAUCCUAUGGUUAUGUACCGCGGCGAGGGCGCCAACCACGCCAUAAUCGACGUCCACGACUUUGUCGAGCUGGUUCUGCCAAUACUUCUCCCUGGUCCUAGUUCCAGCACCGGUAUUCAGAACCCAGCUCUGACGCUAAGAGAAGCCCUAAACCAGUACGAAGACCGUGUCAUUGCGCGGACAAGACCGGCAGUGCUGGCGUCGCGUCAGGCUUGCCUGGAUGCGCAUGAGUGGAGUAGAAUUGACGAGAAAAGUCCGCUGUUGACCAAGAGGGAUAUGUGGGUUAAGUUUGAUGAGGAGAGUAUGAUGUUGAGGGUGAGCUGA